ACCCAUAACUGAGAGGGCUCGUUUAAAAGGUAUCUCGCCUCCCGAAUUGCACUUGUAAUACGAAAGACACUGGUGGGUAAACGUCAUACAGGCAUUUUAGGACUACUGGAACUCAAGCAGUGAGCAAGAGGAGUACAGAGCCUGUCCUUACUCCUAUAGUCGAGACGCACACAUUUGUCUGCGAAUUUACUGUCACAGUGGAUAGCCUACUGACCUAUCUGGAUAUAGCCUACUUCAGUAUUUCUCAUAGUUUAGGAAGAUUUACAUGCCAAAGCUGGGGAAACGUGUUGGAAAAACCCAAGCUUUAUCGCAAAGCUUUAAAGUUCUCGCCACAAUAAUUGGCUAUCGAAUGGACCAACAUCCUAGCGCCCGGAGCUGCACCAGCCGCGGGGCUCCGUCUUGCGAGGCCGUCCCGAGUGAACCCUCCAUGAAUUUGUACAUCCAUUCCACAACCGGCACACGCUUCGAGCUCGCUCUUCCCCUGGAGGAGACUGUGGAAGGACUGAAGAGAAGACUUUCUCAGAGACUCAAAGUACCAAAAGAAAGACUCGCCCUUCUACAUAAAGAAACGCGUCUGAGUUCAGGAAAACUCCAGGACCUAGGGAUAUCUGAUGGGAGCAAGUUAACACUUGUACCUACAGUUGAAGCAGGCUUAAUGUCUCAAGCAUCAAGACCAGAACAGUCAGUGAUGCAAGCUUUGGAGAGUUUAACAGAAACUCAGGUCAGUGACUUCCUGUCCGGCCGCUCUCCUCUGACCCUGGCGCUGCGAGUAGGUGAUCACAUGAUGUUUGUCCAGCUGCAGUUGGCUGCCCAGCAGUCUGGAGGGCAGCACUUACAGCACAGGCAGCUCAUCGCCCGCGGGGGUACAGAGGGCACCAUGGGACAGUCCACAGGCGCUUCUGGAGGGCUCAGCAGCGGGCAUCACCCCCGCGCCCCCACCCCCCACCACCACCACUCUCACCUCCACUCUCGCCCCAAUCCUAACCAGUCCCAGGCCCACCCAGUGCCCUUCCCCUCUACCAGCACAGCGGCCUUCCCCCCUGCCCCCUCACAACAGCCCUCUCCUCCCAUGUACCAGUCUUCCUCUUCCGCCCCCUCAAGUCACUGCAGCACCCCUCCUCCUGCUCCCCGUCCCUCCCAGCUGCCCGGCAGUCUGUUUAGUCGCUCCCACCAUCCCUCCCCGGGUCGACCCAGCCCCGCUUCCGAACCCCAGAGCACCCCCACUGCAGCCCCCUGUCCUGAGGCUAACUGUGCUAAGAGCCCCAGCAACAGCACUAGUGCUUCAGUGCACUCCUCCUCCUCCCGUAAACCAGGUGCCAUCAUCGAAAGCUUUGUCAACCACGCUCCUGGGGUCUUCUCAGGGACUUUUUCAGGCACUUUGCAUCCUAACUGUCAGGACAGCACUGGGCGGCCCAGGCGAGACAUCGGCACCAUCUUGCAGAUCCUCAACGACCUCCUGAGUGCCACGCGCCACUACCAGGGCGUGCCUCCCUCCCUCACCCAGCUCCGCUACCAGACGCAGUGUGGCUCGCCCUCCCCCGCCUCCACGCCGCCCUCACCCCCUCCUUCGCCCCCAGCCACCACCGCUGGCAUCGCCGGCAUCUCUGCCAAAGCUACCUCGGUGCCCGCCAGAAACCCCAUCUCAUCCCCCCUCCACCCGCUGGUGCAGUGCCAGAGCCAGAUCCGCAUGUGCAAGCCCCCUGGUGACCGUGUGCGUCAGACAGAGAACCGUGCAACUCGGUGCAAGGUGGAGCGUCUGCAGCUCCUGAUGCAGCAGAAGCGCCUGCGCAGGAAGGCAAGGCGGGACUCCAGAGCGCCCUACCACUGGCUGUCCAACCGCAAGGCGGGACGCAGCAACAGCAACAGCAGUGUGUCCAGCGAGGGAUCCAUGGACCUCGACUUCGACGACUCUGUGUGGAAGCCCGACGUCAAGGCCGACAUGAAGUCCGAGUUCGUCAUGGCGUAAUGAUAAAGACGAGGAUACCGAUUGGCUGGAUAAUGGAGAGCCAGACUCUGGGAUUAAGCGAGAGGAAGUUGGGGAUGGUUUCGGAGGUGUGGAAAACAGGCUGGAGCCGAGUGUGGAGCAUGAAAAAAAAAGAGAGAGGGAAGAAAGCUGGUCAUGGUCUUCUCUCGGUGGGACAACCAACUGUCACACCAAAAGGCUCCCUGCUGACUUUCAUCUUGUCAUGUCCCCCACAGCCUCCUACCAUUAGAAAUAAACAACAGAAACAGAUGUUUGACAUUUAGACUGGGAACGGAUAUGUCUGGACUUACGAGACUACAGUUAUGCAUAUAGACUGCAAAUACGUACUGCCUAUGAGAAGAGGAAAAAACCCCAGAACUGAGCAUAGCAGACUUGGAUGGUGGUGGUAGUGGUGUUUUUGUGUGGGUUUUUUUCCAUAGAUUUUUUUCAAGCAGAACUCUGGAGAGAGAUCCACACUGGACUUGUGAGCAGGAGUGAUGGUGGCUGGGGCCGUGGUGUAACUACACAGGACAGACAGAUAACUGCUGGCCCCAGAGCCAUCCCUGGCCUACUCUAAUGGGCAUUCUAGGUCUCCACUUCACCGACAAGAGUCAACUUUUUACUUAUAGGGUUAUCUUUUUAUUUUCAUUUGAAAUGUAUUGUUAUUUUAUUUUUUUCUAAAGAACUAUGUAGCAUUGUUCACAAAGCAUUCAGGUUUUCAUCGACAGUUUCAAAAGUAGUCGUUUUUUUGCCAAUUUUUCAUGAUUUUGGAACAGCAGGUCAGAGUGUGCAGGAAGUAGGAUACGAGGAGCAAUGACUCAUGGGAAAUGGGCAUUUGACUAAAGUUCAGACUUACAUGAACGGCAACCUCAGUGACAUACAGUAGGAUAUUAAUAGGAAUUAAUUCAUUAAUAAACAAAGAUAAUAUUAAUGGGGUGCUUUAGAGGAUUUUAAAAUCAUGAUUUAAAAAUGUAUUUGGAAAGAAAUCUGUUUAUUUAACUUUUCAUCUGCUGUUUAAAAAAAACAUUAGUCCAGUUUUGCUUGGGUCAAGCCAUUCAUUAAAUUGAUAACUAACAAACGUAUUCAUCCAAUCAUUCAUCCGCUCAUUCACUCAUUAGGGUCAUAUUGCCACAAACAAAUAAUGGAGAAAAAAUCCCAUUGAAUCCAACUUGUGUCUUACAGACCUAUUUCACUUAUAGGUGGGGAUCACAAAUGUAUGUGUGUGUGUGUGACAUUUGUGUAUAUUCAUUACGAUGGCUGAUUCAUCCCUUUUGUCACUCAAACUAUGGAGGUUCGGUACAGACGAUUAUCUCCAUUCCUUACCAUUGAGAUGAUGUAGACACAUGUCCCAUAUAUUCCUUUUUGAACCUACAUCACACUUUAACCAAGGCCCUUGUUAGAAAAAUGUGAUUACGUCAAGCUACUUUCUACUAUUGGAAAGGAGAGGUGGAAGAAAGCUAAGAAAUCCCAAGCAGGGAACCUGUCUCCACUUUCAUCAACUAGUGCCUCCACCAGUGGAUUCCCUCACAUAUCAGAUUAGGCCUUUGACAGACUUUCUAAGAGUUUUGCUGCUACAUGGGACUUUGAUAGACAGGGAAAAGAGUAACUUUUCUUUGCAUGCAAAAAGUGUGAAUUAUCCUGAUAUUUUUGUUGUUGGAGGAAAACAAAUAGAGGAGAAAUGGAAGAGCAGGUAAAACAUGCAUGAAUAAUGAUAAGCUGCUUUUGUUGGUUAGGUUUUUAUGUUCUGAAAAACAACAGCAGUGUCCUGCUCCAAGUAUUCUCAAAGCAAACCAAAACAGAAGACUGGACUCAUAUCUUACCCUGGACUGAACAUUCCCUGGACCGUGAUGAUCAUGAGCAAAGAGCAACUGACUUUCCUCCCUGAAUGCUAGUUCAACCAACACCAAUCUCCUCAACACAGAGACAAGUACCCUGGCAGCAGCCAACUAUAACUCCCCUCAGCCUACUUAAUAACAUAGUGUUCAGCACAGUGCAUGUUUGGGACUAACAGGGAGACCCUUUGGACCAGCGUACACAUCCCCGAACCCAAACCUGUAUGGAGAAACACCAUGUCUGACCACCCUACCAUGAUUGCACUCAAAGAGUUUGCAGUGAGAGAUUACCUUGUUUGGUGAACCUCUUCUUUUUUUAAGUGGCCUUAUCUUUCACUAAACAAGACAGGUGUGGACUGGGGGGACACGGUUUCUUUCUUCACCUGUAUUUUGUCACAACGCUAUUGUCACUGAGGAUUCGGGCAUCUCUUGUUUGUGCUUUUAAAGGGUGGAGUCUUAUGUCAAGGCUUCUGUGCCUUAAACGUUGCCCUUGCAGAGUGUGUCAGAUAUACGAUGAACAAAUUAUUUCCUUUGAUUAAUGAAUUAAUUCAUAUAAGAGUCUGUAACCACACGAGAGCUGUAGUUUUUAGGGGUAAGCACGUUGAGUGAAUUAAUAUUGAUGUGUUUGUUCCUCAAUCGGUUUUCCCAUUUUCUCUCCAUUGUGUUGCCAUGUUUGUUGGUCUACUUUGUCCAAAUCCUCCCCUCUGUCCUGCCCACCAACAAGCUGAAAAUCAACACAUUGACAAAACAAAGUACCUGACGUGGAAGUUUUGACUGUAAUGUGCAACUAUGGCAACAAAGUGGCCUGACUGACUUGGCAGGUGUCCUCUGAGGACGUGAGAUGACAUGACAUGCACUUCCUGUCUCCUUGGAUAAGACAUUUCAAAGGACAAAUUACUCCCCCCUAAAUUGAAUAGAAUUUUGUAUACAUGUAUGAAAUAUACUCUGUGUGUGCCUCACUUAUGUGUGAAAUAAAAAAAUAUUUAAAAAAAUAUAAAAAAAUAUUAAAAGAUGACAUGGGAUGAGAUGGGACAAAGGAGGGGAUGGGGAGGGCAUUUAAAAAACAGUUUGUUGGUGGAGUUCUGAUCACGUCAUUUAAGUUGCCUGUUAUUUCUUGUAGCCAACCAUUGAAAAUAAUGACAAGAGUCAAGAAUACAAUUUACAAUGUUCUAGCUAUAGACCGGUGUAGCACAUGUGUGACUGUAUUAAUUUAUGAAACCAAAACGGUAACUGUGAAUGAUGUAUUUCUUUGUGCAUUUGUAUAAGUGGGACAAGGUGGUUGGGACAUAGCAAUGACUAAUUCCUAUGUCCUAUUUGAUGGAAUAUAACGGAAAUCAUGUUUCCCAAAAAAACAAAAAAUAUAUCAAUAUAUUUUUUUCUUAAGCAAUACAUUUCAGUGUGACUUGUGAUAGAACAUUUUCCUUUUUUAGGUAAUAAAUAAAAAUACAAAAUGAGUAGACCCA